GGGCAGAGGACCUGGGGGGACUGGAUCUGGGAGUAACCCGCGGUCUGCAGCCCAGGCGCGUCCACACUUUCUGCAGCGCCGAGUGUCCCAGGGGAGGCUGAGGCUCGAGCCGCCAUGGCGCUGCAUGCGGUCGUGUUCGACUUGGACGGGGUCCUGGCGCUGCCAUCGGUCGCGAGCGGCCUCGACCGCGCCGAGGAGGAGUUGGCAUUGCCCAGAGGCUUUCUCAAUGAAGUUUUCAAGAAAGGAGACCCGGAUAGUUCCAGUUUCCGUCUCAUGAGGGGAGAGAUCACGUUUUCCCAGUGGGUGUCACUCCUGGAAGAAGACUAUAAGAAACACGCCGAAGAUUCUGGAAUCAGCCUCCCUGAGAAUUUCUCUGUUAGUCAGAUUUUUGGCAAGGCCAUUUCAGCAAGGAAGAUCAGCCAACCCAUGCUUCAGGCGGUUCUCGCUCUCAGAAAGAAGGGGUUUACAACCUGCAUCCUCACCAACAACUGGCUGGAUGACAGCACCCAGAGGAGCAGCCUGGCCCAGCUGAUGUGUGAACUGAGACCACACUUUGACUUCCUGAUAGAGUCAUGUCGGAUUGGAAUGGCCAAGCCUGAUCCUCAGAUCUACAAAUUUAUGUUGGACACCUUGAAGGCCAGCCCCAAUGAGGUUGUUUUCUUGGAUGACAUCGGGGCCAAUCUGAAGCCAGCCCGUGAUUUAGGAAUGGUCACCAUCCUCGUCCGCGACAGUGACAUGGCCCUGCAAGAGCUGGAGAAAGUCACCGGGGUGCAGCUUCUCAAAACAGAAGUCGCAGCCCCUCUCCCAAUCCCAUGCCAUCCAAAUGACAUGAGCCAUGGGUAUGUGCCAAUCAAGCCCGGGGUGCAUCUGCAUUUCGUGGAGCUGGGCUCUGGCCCUGCUGUGUGUCUCUGCCAUGGAUUUCCUGAGAGCUGGUUCUCUUGGAGGUACCAGAUCCCAGCUCUGGCCCAGGCGGGUUUCCGGGUACUAGCGUUGGACAUGAAAGGCUAUGGAGACUCAUCUGCUCCUGCCGAAAUAGAAGAAUAUUCCUUGGAAAUGUUAUGCAAGGACAUGGUAACCUUCCUAGAUAAGUUGGGCAUCCUCCAAGCGGUGUUCAUUGGCCACGACUGGGGUGGCAUGGUGGUGUGGAGCAUGGCUCUCUUCUACCCUGAGAGAGUAAGGGCAGUGGCAAGUUUGAAUACUCCCUUCAUGCCAGCAAACCCCAAUGUGUCGCUGAUGGAGAUACUCAAAGCCAAUCCUGUUUUUAAUUACCAGCUCUAUUUCCAAGAACCGGGAGUGGCUGAGGCUGAACUGGAAGAGGACCUGUAUCGGACUUUCAAACUCUUUUUCAGAGCACAUGAUGAGACCAAGCUCAACAUGUCCAACGUCUGUGAAAAGGGAGGACUCUUUGUGGAAUCCCCGAAAGACCCCAGCCUCAGCAGGAUUGUGACCGAGGAGGACAUCCGCUUCUACGUGCAGCAGUUCAGGAAGUCCGGUUUCAGGGGUCCCCUAAACUGGUAUCGAAACAUAGACAGGAACUGGAAGUGGGGCUGCAAAGGCACAGGACGGAAGAUCCUGAUUCCAGCCCUGAUGGUAACUGCGGAGAAGGACCGAGUGCUUGUUCCUGAGAUGUCCAAGCAUAUGGAGGACUGGGAAACACACUUUCAAGGUGACAAUGGGCCAGGAGUGGAGCAAGAAUGGGCAUUGCCCAGAGAGGCUAGAACGAAGCGGACGGAGUCACUGAUGAGGCUGACGGGUGAGGAUGAGCACUUUUAUUUCUGUGAGGCCCGGUUGCCUUGUGUUGGAGUUCUAACUGCGUUUUCUUAGAUCCCGUAUUUGCCUGUUUGGCACCCAUUACUCACAGAGCCAAGCGAACGGCGAAGGUUGUUUAUGUCUCCCCUGUGACGCGGCUUUUAUGGGCAUACAAAAAUUACAUUACAAAUCCUCCAACCAAUCCUGAUCAACAUCCCCAACCACCUCCUUUGUCUCCCAUACACACACACACACACCAAACCAAUAUUUGCUCUGCACUAAAUCACCCCAGGACCAGGUAACGAUCAUCUUAAUGCGCACAGCUUGCCAACAUUAUUCAAACUAUCCAGUCCUAAGCGGCUUACCCUCUCCGUGUCUCUCCUACAGAAACUCUGAUAAAUACUCUGGGGCAUGCUCUCUUCUUUGCCCUUUCUGCCCUUGGCUGGCCCUGGUGCUUCCCAUGUGAGCCUGGAGAGUGUACCGUGACUCCUGCUUCUAGGGACCGGUGACAAUCAUUUUUUCAUGGCAAUCAUUCUGCUGUCUGCACGUCUCACCACACUUGAUUAAACCAAUUCUGGGCACAGAUUUUAGAACAGUAAAGUGUCAGUAUUUUUUUUUUGAAGUGUAAUGAUGAAAACUUGGGUAUGCCUGGAUGUUAGGAACCACAGUGUUAGGUUUGGAGGCGCUUCCCAGCAUUUAAAUUCUUUUAAAUAUCUUGGGAAUGUCCCCACCAUGAAGGUUCCACAUAGAACAGCGGUUCUCAACCUGUGGGUCGCGAUCCCUUUGGGGGUCGAACGACCCUUUCACAGGGGUCGCCUAAGACCAUCAGAAAACACACAUAU